AUGGGAAGAUACUUGACUAUGCUGUUGCUGCUGAUGCUGCUGGUGCAGCAUUUUGGAAACUGUGAAGGAAAUCAAAGGCCACAUCAUGCUCUACAAAUGCAAUUUACACAAGUACAGUAUAAUGCCACUGUGUAUGAGAAUUCUGCAGCCAAGACUUACGUUGGGCAUCCAGUGAAAAUGGGCAUUUACAUUACAAAUCCAUUGUGGGACCUAAGAUAUAAAAUUAUUUCUGGUGACAAUGAGAACUUGUUCAAAGCUGAAGAAUAUGUUCUUGGUAACUUUUGCUUUUUGAGAAUACGGACCAAGGGAGGAAACACAGCUAUCCUUAACAGAGAGGUGAAAGACCAUUAUAUGCUGACUGUUAAAGCAGUUGAAAAAAAUACAAAUGCUGAAACGCGCACGAAGGUCAGGAUACAGGUACUGGAUACAAAUGACUUGCGACCUUUGUUUUCUCCAACAUCUUACAGUGUUUCCUUGCCUGAAAACACAGCAAUAAGGACCAGCAUUGCAAGAGUCAGUGCAACAGAUGCAGAUAUAGGAACAAAUGGAGAGUUCUACUAUAGCUUUAAAGAAAGAACUGAUGUGUUUGCUAUACAUCCAACUAGUGGAGUGGUAGUUCUAACUGGUAGACUUGACUACUCGGACACUAAGCGUUAUGAGAUGGAAAUUCUUGCAGUGGACCGUGGGCUGAAGCUGUAUGGUAGCAGUGGCAUAAGUAGCAUGGCAAAACUGACUGUCCAUGUAGAGCAAGCAAAUGAAUAUGCCCCUGUUAUUACAGCUGUUAUGUUGACUCCAUCAGAAUCAGACAAAGACCCAACGUAUGCAAUUGUGACCGUAGAGGACAACGAUCAGGGUUCAAAUGGGGAAAUAGCAUCAUUAAAUAUUGUUGCAGGAGAUGCACUUCAACAGUUCAAAACAGUGAGGUCGGUUCCAGGAGGUAAAGAAUACAGAAUAAAAGCCACUGGUCACAUUGAUUGGGACAGUCACCCUUUUGGAUACAACCUUACCCUUCAAGCUAAGGAUAAAGGGAAUCCCCCACAGUUUUCUUCUGUAAAAGUUGUACAUGUGACAUCACCUCAAUUUAAGUCUGGCCCUGUCAGAUUUGAAAAAGAGAUAUAUAGAGCUGAAAUAAGUGAAUUUGCCCCUCCAAACACACCUGUGAUAAUGGUGAAAGCUGUGCCUAGUUACCCACAUUUAAAAUAUGUAUUUAAAAACACACCAGGCAAAGUGAAAUUCAGUUUAAACACUCACACUGGUCUGAUUACCACGUUAGAACCCAUAAAAGCACAAUAUGCAUCUCAUUUUGAACUUGAAGUUGUGACAAGUGACAGAAGAGCUUCUGCAAAAGUAUUAAUUAAGGUACUAGGCAUGAAUAGCAAUCCUCCUGAAUUUACUCAGACAUCCUAUAAAGCCUCCUUCGAUGAAAAUGUGCCCAUAGGUACCAGUGUCAUGAGAGUAAGUGCAAAAGACCCUGAUGAAGGGGAAAAUGGUUAUGUGACCUAUAGCAUUGCAAACCUAAAUCCUUUGCCAUUUGCGAUUAACCAUUUCAGUGGGAUUAUUAGUACCUCAGAAGACUUGGAUUAUGAAUUGAUGCCAAGGGUUUACAACUUAAGGAUUCGUGCUUCUGAUUGGGGUAUACCAUAUCGUCGAGAAGUUGAGGUUCCUGUUACUAUUAUCUUAAAUAACUUGAAUGACAAUAUACCUCUGUUUGAGAAAAUAAAUUGCGAGGGAAUAAUCCCCAGGGAUCUUGGUGUUGGAGAACAAAUAACAACUGUCUCUGCUAUUGAUGCUGAUGAGCUGCAGUUGGUGAGAUACCAAAUUGAAUCUGGAAAUGAACUGGAUUUAUUUAGCCUAAAUCCAAAUUCUGGAGUACUUUCACUCAAACAAUCACUAAUAGAUGGCCUAGGUGCUAAAAUGUCUUUUUACAGUUUGAAAAUUACAGCUACAGAUGGAGAGAACUUUGCAAAACCAUUGUAUAUCAACAUAACUGUAGCUAGUAGUCGCAAACCAGUCAACUUGCAAUGUGAAGAAACUGGUGUUGCCAAAAUGCUUGCAGAGAAACUCUUACAAGCAAAUAAAUUGCACAAUCGUGGAGAAGUUGAGGAUGUUUUCUUUGAUAUUCACUCUGUGAAUCUUCAUGCACCUCAGUUUAGAAGUACUCUCCCCAGUAGCAUUGAGGUAAGAGAAGACCAACCUGUGGGCUCCAGCAUACUAUUUAUGAAUGCUACUGAUCCUGAUACUGGCUUCAGUGGAAAGUUAGUGUAUGUUAUUUCUGGAGGUAAUGAAGACAGUAGUUUUGUUGUUGAUAUGGAAAGAGGAGUGCUGCGAAUUUUAUCUCCCCUUGACCGAGAACUGAGAGAUAAAUAUACUCUCAAUAUUACUGUCUAUGAUCUUGGAAUACCACAGAAGUCUGCCUGGGCUCUUCUAGAUAUAAAAAUUUUGGAUGCUAAUGACAACCCACCAGAGUUCUUCCAAGACAGCUACUUUGUUGAAGUAACUGAAAACAAGGAGCCAAACAGUGAAAUAAUUCAAAUUGAAGCUACUGAUAAAGAUUUGGGGGCUAAUGGAGAAGUGAAAUAUUCUCUUCUUACAGAUACAGACAAGUUUAUUAUUAAUGCUGUGACAGGAGUUGUGAAAGUUGUAGAAGUUCUGGAUCGUGAAGAACAGCAUGUCUAUUUCCUGAAAAUAGAGGCUAGGGACCAACCUACUGAAGAACCACAAUUAUUUUCAACAAUUAUUUUGAAAGUGUCUGUAGAAGAUGUUAAUGACAAUCCUCCUAAGUUUAUUCCUUCAAAUUAUCAUGUGAAAAUUCGAGAAGAUCUACCUGAGGGAACUAUUAUUACGUGGCUAGAAGCCUAUGAUCCUGAUUUAGGCCAGUCAAGUCAAGUACGCUACAGUCUUUUGGACAGUGGAGAUGGCACCUUUGAUGUUGACAAGCUAAGUGGAGCAAUACGUAUUGUACAAAGACUGGAUUAUGAAAAGAAACAACUUUAUAACUUGACUGUGCGGGCCAAGGACAAAGGAAAACCCAUUUCGCUGUCCUCUACCUGUUACGUUGAAGUUGAGAUAAUUGAUGUAAAUGAAAACUUGCACCCUCCACGGUUUUCCAUAUUUGCAGAUAAAGGUUUUAUAAAAGAAGAUGCCCCUGUUGGCUCCUCAGUAAUGACAGUAUCUGCUUAUGAUGAAGAUGCAGGGCGAGAUGGGGAGAUCAGAUAUUCCAUCAGAGAUGGAUCUGGUAUAGGCGUUUUUCGAAUAGAUGAAGAAAAAGGUAUUAUUGAGACUGCAGAUCACCUGGAUCGUGAGACGACUUCGCAUUACUGGUUAACUGUUUAUGCAACAGACCAAGGGGUUGUGCCUUUGUCAUCUUUCAUUGAAAUCUACAUAGAAGUUGGGGAUGUUAAUGAUAAUGCUCCUCAGACCACAGAACCAGUUUAUUACCCAGAGGUCAUGGAAAACUCGCCUAAAGAUGUAUCUGUCAUUCAGAUUGAGGCAUUUGAUCCAGAUUCUAGCUCAAGUGAAAAAUUAACCUACAAGAUUACAAGUGGAAAUCCACAGGGAUUCUUUUCAAUAAACCCCAAAACUGGACUAAUUACAACCACAUCCAGAAAACUAGAUCGAGAGCAGCAGGGAGAGCACAUACUGGAGGUAAUGGUAACAGACAAUGGUACUCCUGCAAAAUCAACAGUUGCACGGGUGAUUGUGAAGGUCUUAGAUGAGAAUGACAAUAAGCCUCAAUUCUUGCAAAAGUUCUACAAAAUCCGUCUCCCAGAGCGUGGUAAGCCAGAGCGAGAGAGAACUGCUAGGAGAGAGCCAAUCUAUCGAGUUAUUGCUGCUGAUAAAGAUGAAGGCCCCAAUGCAGAGAUCUCCUACAGCAUUGAAGAUGGUGAUGAACAUGGCAAAUUCUUUAUUGAACCAAAAACUGGAGUGGUUUCAUCAAAGAAAUUUUCUGCAGCAAGAGACUACGAUAUCCUUUCAAUUAAAGCUGUAGAUAAUGGUCGUCCACAAAAAUCUUCAACUACACGGCUUCACAUAGAAUGGAUCCCAAAGCCUAUCCCACCCACAGAGCCUAUUUAUUUUGAGGAACCAUUUUUUUCUUUUACGGUGAUGGAAAGUGACCCAGUUGCUCACAUGAUUGGUGUAAUAGCUGUUGAACCUCUUGGAACACCACAUUGGUUUGACAUAACGGGUGGCAACUAUGACAGUCGAUUUGAUGUGGACAAGGGCACUGGAACUAUCAUUGUCGCAAGACCUCUUGAUGCAGAACAGAAAUCAAAUUACAACUUGACAGUAGAGGCAACAGAUGGAACCAGAUCUAUCAGCACUCAGGUGUACAUCAAAGUUAUAGACACAAAUAACCACAGGCCUCAGUUUUCUGCUUCAAAAUAUGAAGUUGUAAUACCUGAAGACACCAUACCAGAGACAGAAAUUCUACAAGUCAGUGCCACAGACAGAGAUGAGAAGAAUAAACUGAUUUAUACUAUGCUGGGCAGCACUGAUCCCAUCAGUCUUAAAAAAUUUCGUCUGGACCCUGCAACUGGCUCUCUUUAUACUUCAGAAAAACUGGAUCAUGAGACCAUGAGCCAGCAUAUUCUCACAAUAAUGGUUCGAGAUCAAGAUGUUCCUGUAAAGCGCAACUAUGCUAGAAUCGUCGUUAAUGUCAGCGACACAAAUGACCACGCGCCAUGGUUCACCAGCUCUUCCUAUGAGGGACGGGUGUAUGAGUCAGCAGCUGUUGGAUCAGCAGUACUCCAGGUUACAGCAUUAGAUAAGGACAAAGGAAAAAAUGCAGAAAUUGUGUAUUCCAUUGAAUCAGGGAAUAUCGGAAAUUCCUUCCUUAUUGAUCCCAUUUUGGGUAUGAUUAAAAUUGCAAAGGAAUUAGAUCGUAGUAACCAGGAAGAAUACAACCUGAUGGUAAAAGCUACAGACAAAGGAGAUCCUCCAAUGAGUGAAGUGACCUCUGUGCACAUAUUUGUUACGGUUUCUGAUAAUGCCUCACCAAAAUUUGCCGCCAAAGAAUAUUCUGCAGAGCUCAGUGAAAGCGCCAGCGUUGGCAGUUUUGUUGGAAUGGUUACAGCAUACAGUCAGUCUUCUGUAGUUUAUGAAAUAAAAGAUGGUAAUACAGAUGAUGCCUUUGCUGUCAACCCGAACUCAGGUGUCAUCGUUUCUCAGAAGAUACUUGAUUUUGAAACUUUGCCUUUUUACACUCUAACUGUGCAAGGAACAAACAUGGCUGGCUUGUCCACCAAUGCAACAGUUUUGGUGCAUCUUCGGGAUGAGAAUGACAAUGCUCCAAUUUUUAUGCAGGCUGAAUAUACAGGGCUCAUCAGUGAAUCAGCUUCAAUUAACAGUGUGGUUCUGACUGACAAGAAUAUCCCAUUAGUAAUUCGAGCUACAGAUGCUGAUAAAGAAUCUAAUGCUUUGCUUGUUUAUCAAAUUGUUGAACCAUCUGUCCGCAAGUAUUUUGCCAUUGAUUCUAGCACUGGUGCCAUUCGGACAGUAAUGAGUCUGGACUACGAGGAGACAAAUAUUUUCCACUUUUCAGUGCAAGUACAUGAUAUGGGGAUGCCAUCUCUAUAUGCAGAAUAUGCAGCUAAUGUUACUAUUUAUGUAAUUGACAUCAAUGAUUGCCCUCCUGUGUUUUCAAGAGAGUUAUAUGAGACAUCCAUUCUGGUUCCAACCUAUAAAGGCGUGAAAGUCAUCAGCGUAAAUGCCACUGAUGCUGAUUCAGGCAUUUUUUCACAACUAAUUUAUUCCAUUAUUGAAGGCAAUAUUGGAGAAAAAUUUUUAAUAAACCCUAAGACUGGAGAUAUAACAGUACAAAAUACAACUCAGUUAAGAAGCAGAUACGAACUAACAGUGAGAGCAUCUGAUGGCAGAUUUGCAAGCACUGCAUCUGUUAAAAUUAAUGUGAAAGAAAGCAAAACAAGCCAGCUGAAGUUCACACAGAGUUCUUACUCUGCAACAGUGCAGGAGAAUACCACAGAGGCGAAAACAAUAGCUGUUGUUACUGCUAUAGGGAAUCAAAUAAAUGAGCCUUUGUUUUACCAUAUUCUGAAUCCAGACAGCAGAUUUAAAAUAAGCCCAACUUCAGGAGUCCUUUCAACAACAGGAAUACCAUUUGAUCGUGAGCAGCAAGAGUCUUUUGAUGUGGUCAUAGAAGUGACAGAGGAAAAUAAACCAUCAGUUGUUGCACACAUUGUAGUUAAAGUCACAGUGGAAGAUGUAAAUGAUAACGCUCCAAUUUUUGUCAAUCUUCCAUAUUAUGCUGUUGUUAAAGUGGACUCUGAAGCAGGCCAUGUUAUUCAACGUGUCACUGCAGUAGACAAAGAUAUAGGCAGAAAUGGAGAGGUGCACUACAGUCUGAAAGAGCAUCAUGAACAUUUCCAAAUUGAUCCUACCGGUGAAAUCUCACUAAAGCAGAAGUUUGAACCAGACACACUAAAUAAGGAGUAUUUGGUCACAGUAGUGGCAAAAGAUGGAGGAGACCCUGCUUUUUCUGCUGAAGUUAUAGUCCCAAUUACAGUUAUGAGUAAAGCUAUGCCAGUGUUUGAAAAGCCAUUCUACAGUGCAGAGAUACCAGAAAACAUUCAGCUCCAUAGUCCUGUGGUACAUGUACAGGCAAACAGCCCAGAAGGACUUAAGGUGUUUUACAGCAUCACAGGUGGAGAUCCUUUCAAUCAAUUCACUAUUAACUUCAACACUGGAGUUGUAAAUGUUGUCGCCCCUCUUGACUUCGAGUCUCAUCCAGCCUAUAAACUGAGUGUUCGAGCAACAGACUCCCUAACUGGGGUACAUGCUGAUGUGUUUGUAGACAUAAUAGUGGAAGACAUCAAUGAUAAUCCUCCUGUGUUUAUGGAGCAAUCUUAUGCUGCAACACUUUCUGAAGCAUCUGUCGUUGGAACAUCCGUUGUACGAGUGAGCGCUACAGAUGCAGAUUCUGGAACGAACAGGGGGAUUUCUUAUCAUUUGGUUGAGGACAAUAGUGAAAGCCAUGACUACUUUCACGUAGAUAGCAGCACUGGACUCAUUCUUACAGCAAGAACUUUGGACUAUGAACAAAUUAAACAACACAAGUUGUUAAUAAGGGCCAUAGAUGGUGGCAUGCUGCCCUUGAGCAGUGAUACCAUUGUAACUGUUGAUGUAACUGAUCUCAAUGAUAACCCUCCUCUUUUUAGCCAAUUGCUUUAUGAAGCUAAAAUUGGUGAGCUGGCUCCCCGAGGGCAUUUUGUGACAUGUGUGCAAGCCUCAGAUGCAGAUAGUUCAGAUGUUGACAAGCUGGAAUACUCCAUUCUGACAGGCAAUGAUGAGAAGAACUUUGUCAUUAAUAGUAAAACUGGCAUUAUCACCAUCUCAAACCUACGCAGACAGACACUGAAGUCGCAUUAUAAUCUUAACGUGUCUGUUUCCGAUGGAGUCUUUAGAAGCUCAGCCCAAGUCCAUAUUACGGUAACCAGUGCCAAUAUGCACAGUCCUGUUUUCAGCCAGAAUGAAUAUGAGGUUGAGCUAGCUGAAAAUGCUCCAUUGCAUACUUUGGUGACUGAAGUAAAAGCAACAGAUGAAGAUUCUGGUACGCAUGGCCACAUCACUUACCACAUUGUGAAUGACUUUGCCAAAGACAGAUUUUAUACAAAUGAGAGAGGGCAGCUAUUUACCUCUGAAAAGCUUGACCGUGAAACACAAGCCGAGAAAGUAAUUGCCAUUAGUUUAAUGGCCAAAGAUUCAGGAGGAAAAGUUGCUUUCUGUACUGUUAAUGUAAUACUCACAGAUGACAAUGAUAAUGCUCCUCAAUUCCGAGCAACAGAGUAUGAAGUAAAUAUUGGAUCUGAUGUUCCACGGGGUACUUCUGUCAUUAAAGUCUGGGCAUCUGAUGCUGAUGAGGGUACAAAUGCAGACAUCACAUAUGCUAUUGAAGCAGAGUCAGAAAAUGUAAAAGAGAACUUAGAAAUUGAUUCAUUGUCUGGUAUAAUUACGACAAAAGAAAGCUUAAUUGGUUUGGAAAAUGAGUUUCUUAGUUUCCUUGUUAGAGCAGUUGAUGGUGGAUCCCCGAAAAAAGAGUCAGUUGUUCCUGUCUAUGCUAGAAUACUCCCACCAGAAGUGCCUCCUCCAAAAUUUUCAGAGCCGUUUUAUUCUUACACAGUUUCAGAGGACAUUCCAAUUGGGACUGUGAUAGAUGUUAUCAAAGCAGAAUAUAAUCAGACUUUGGUAUAUAGUCUGAUUAAAGGGAACACUCCUGAAAGCAACAGAGAUGACUUUUUUGUUAUUGACCGACAGACCGGAGAGUUAAAACUUGAGAAGAAUCUUGAUCAUGAAACAACUAAAUGGUACCAGUUCUCAGUUCGAGCACAGUAUGCAAAUGAAGAUUAUAAUGUUGUUUCCUCAGUAGACGUAAGCAUUCAGGUAAAAGAUGCAAAUGAUAACAAACCCAUAUUGGAGUCCAAUCCGUACGAAGCAUUCAUCGUAGAAAACACACUGGCUGGAACAAGAGUCAUACAGGUUAAAGGAACUGACUUAGACUCAGGACUCAAUGGGCAGGUUACUUACAGCUUGGAUCCUUCUCAAGAGCCAGACAUUAUAGAGUCUUUUGCCAUAAACAUGGAAACUGGCUGGAUUACCACUCUCAAAGAACUCGAUCACGAGAAACGAGACAAAUACAAAAUCACGGUGGUUGCGUCUGACCGGGGUGAAAAAAUUCAACUAUCUUCCAUGGCUGUGGUUGAAGUUACUGUUACAGAUGUGAAUGACAAUCCUCCACGGUUUACUGCAGAGAUAUAUAAAGGAACAGUCAGUGAGGAUGACCCUCCUGGUGGGGUAAUUGCCAUCUUGAGUACAACUGAUGCUGAUACAGAAGAAGCCAACAGACAAGUCUUUUAUUACAUUACAGGAGGUGAUCCCUUGGGACAGUUUGCUAUUGAAAAUAUACAGAAUGAAUGGAAGGUCUAUGUUAAAAAGCCUCUGGACAGGGAAGAAAAGGAUAAUUAUCUUCUAAAUAUUACAGCUACUGAUGGGACCUUUGCAACUAAAGCUGUGGUGGAGGUUAAAGUCCUUGAUGCUAAUGAUAAUAGCCCUGUAUGCGAAAAGACCUUAUAUGCUGAUUCCGUUCCCGAGGAUGCCCUUCCUGGCAAACUGAUAAUGCAGGUAUCUGCUACAGAUGCAGAUAUUCGUUCCAAUGCAGAAAUUACUUACACGCUGCAUGGCACAGGAGCAGAAAAAUUCAGUCUCACUCCAGACACAGGUGAACUGAAGACAUUAAUGGCACUUGAUCGUGAGCAGCAAGCAGUUUAUCAUCUUCUAGUGAAAGCCACAGAUGGAGGAGGAAGAUUCUGCCAAGCUAAUAUUAUUCUGACUCUGGAAGAUGUGAAUGAUAACGCCCCAGAGUUUACAACUGAUCCUUACUCUAUUACAGUAUUUGAAAACACAGAGCCAAAAACCCUUUUGACAAGAGUACAGGCAACAGAUGCAGAUGCAGGGAUGAACUGUAAAAUCCAUUAUUCACUGGUGAACUCUGCAGAGGGCCAGUUCUCUGUUGAUGAAUUCUCUGGAAUCAUUCAUUUGGAGAAGCCUUUGGAUCGGGAAUUACAAGCUGUGUACACACUAACUUUGAAGGCUACAGAUGAAGGUUUACCUAGAAGACUGUCUUCAACAAGUAGUCUUAUAGUUUCUGUUUUGGAUAUAAAUGAUAAUCCACCUGUAUUUGAGCAUAGGGAGUAUAGUGCAAGUGUAUCAGAGGACAUUUUGGUUGGAACUGAAGUUCUCCAGAUCUAUGCUGCAAGCAGAGACAUUGAAGCCAAUGCUGAAAUCACAUACUCAAUAGUCAGUGGAAAUGAACAUGGAAAAUUCAGCAUCGAUUCAACAACAGGAGCCAUUUUUAUCCUUGAGAGCUUGGAUUAUGAAAGCUCUCAUGAGUACUACUUGACAGUGGAAGCCACAGAUGGAGGCACACCUUCAUUAAGUGAUGUUGUAACAGUGAAUAUUAAUGUCACAGAUAUCAAUGACAAUACUCCGGUGUUUAGCCAAGACACUUACACUGCAGUAAUCAGCGAAGAUGCUAUGCUUGAACAAUCAGUUAUUACAGUUAUGGCAGAUGAUGCUGAUGGACCUUCCAACAACCGCAUUCACUACGCAGUUAUAGAUGGCAAUCAAGGAAAUCCUUUUACAAUUGACCCUACCAGGGGUGAAAUAAAAGUUACUAAGCUUCUAGACAGAGAAAAGAUUUCAGGAUAUACCUUGACAGUUCAAGCUUCAGAUAAUGGAAGCCCACCUAGACUUAACACAACCACAGUUAAUAUUGAUGUUUCUGAUGUAAAUGAUAACCCUCCAGUAUUCUCAAAGGGAAACUACAGUGUUAUCAUCCAGGAAAAUAAGCCUAUUGGAUUUAGUGUGCUGCAGUUAAUGGUGACAGACAAGGAUUCUUCUCACAAUGGCCCUCCUUUUGUCUUCACUAUCCUGAGUGGAAAUGAAGAGAACACUUUUCAGAUUAACCAGCAGGGAGUUCUGACCACAGGUGCUGCACUGAAUCGCAAAGUGAGGGAUCACUAUUUACUUCAUGUUAAG